AGCAUUAUUCAUAUUAUUCAGUAUUUAUUUAAAGUUCUCUCCUCUCUCCCCUUCCCUUCUAUUCUCUUCUGUGGCUUGCCAUUUUCAAUGGCUACUCUUAGCAUCACCGCCCAUAAACUCCCUUCACUCACCAAAUCCAUUGCAGAAUCCCAGAGGCCUAACUUUCCUCCAUCUAUUCUCUCCGCCCAAGUCUUCACCAAGUCCAACCCAUCAAGCAAUUUCAGCUUUUCAACCACCCGUAAAAGGAGCUGUGUCAUUUGGUCGGUCACUGAGGACCGAGAGGUUGUUCCGGUGAAGGAGAAUCUUAAUAUUGUCGAGGAUGAAGAAAGCCGGUUGUUACUAAAUGGGUCUGAAGAACUUCAGCCUCUUUCUACUUCUGAGGGGAGAGAAGAGGAUGAUGAUUUUGAUAGGUUGGUUAGCAAAGCUAUCAAUGCUUCUAUUGUUCUAGGAUUUGGGACCUUCGCCGUUAGCAAGUUGCUCACCAUUGACUAUGAUUACUGGCACGGAUGGACCCUUUAUGAGGUACUAAGGUAUGCACCCGAACACAAUUGGAUUGCCUACGAACAAGCUCUCAAAGCAAACCCUGUGUUAGCCAAAAUGGCAAUAAGUGGGAUUGUGUAUUCUCUAGGAGAUUGGAUCGCCCAAUGUUAUGAAGGAAAGCCUCUGUUUGAGUUUGACCGGACACGUAUGUUCAGAUCGGGCCUUGUUGGGUUUACUCUCCACGGGUCCCUUUCUCAUUAUUACUACCAAUUUUGUGAGGCUCUUUUUCCAUUCGAAGAUUGGUGGGUGGUCCCUGCUAAAGUUGCCUUUGACCAAACAGUGUGGGCAGCAGUUUGGAACAGCAUCUAUUUUGUGGUUUUGGGGUUCUUGCGUUUUGAAUCUCCAACCAAUAUUUUUAAUGAACUGAAGACUACAUUUUGGCCCAUGCUUACUGCAGGGUGGAAGCUUUGGCCAUUUGCCCAUCUGAUAACCUAUGGUCUUAUCCCUCUUGAACAAAGGCUUCUUUGGGUAGACUGUGUGGAGCUCAUCUGGGUUACCAUACUGUCAACUUAUUCAAAUGAGAAAUCAGAAGCACGAAUAUCUGAGGCUUCAGUGGAAGCAAACCCUUCUUCAUCCAGUAGUCCUAAGGAGUAAAUGAAUUGGAAAGCAUGAUAGCAUGAUGACAGUUUUAGCAAUCAAAAGGAGUGGGUCUACAAUAUCACACUUAAUUCUGGAAGCCUGACAGUGGCAAUGUGAAACUGCAAAAUGCAAAUAGAUGGACUCAUACCUAAGACCUGCCUCUGCAGUUGCUGCUGUAUACUCCGCUCAGUCGUUAUACAUUAUGUUCUUCUUCUUCUUCUUCUUCUUCUUUCUAUACUUUUUGAGGGGGGAAGAAUUUGGGACAAACCUUUUGUACAAUUUAAUAAUGUAAAACAACAUAUUAUAUAAGCUUAGAAUUUUUUGCAAGGAUAUGUUGUGUAUUCAGUCUCCAUGUAUACCAGCUCUUCAACUUCAAGGACUAUUUCCCUCAUGAAAGCAAUAUAAUUUCAUCACUCAUGAGAUAUUUGCAA